AUGAGGAUGGGGAUUCCAGAGAAGAGUGGUGUUGAGAAUUGCUUUGAUUAUGGAAGAGAUAGGGGUGGUGGUGGUGCGAGUCACGAUGACAUUGUCGAUCUUUUGCCUUCGGAUCCCUUCGGCAUGGACAUCAGCACCACCUUCACUGCCCUCACCGGGUGGCUUGAGGAUUUGGAGGAUUAUAGUGGUUAUAGAAGGGAUGAGCUUGGGGCGAGUGAUAACAAUUACCAGCUAUUUGCUGGGUUGAAUUUCAUUUGGAGCAAUGCUAUGAGGUUCCAUGCAUGUGUUGAGGAGAAGAUGGGGUUUGGCGAGUGUAGUUCUGUGAGUGAUGAUGGAGCUGCUGCUGCAUCGAGCAAUUUUGGGGUUGGAUCUGCUUCUGAUGCUGAUGUAUUGGGUUUGCCCGCCACUAGCGGGUCGGGUGAUGUUGUGAGACGGGGUGGAGGAGGGAGUGGUUAUGAUGAGCUUGGAGGAGGAGGAGGAGGAGGUAUGGGUGACGAGUUUGGUCCUCACCCUGCCUUGAGUUUUUCUCUUGGUUAUCUGAGGUUGUCGGAUCUUCUUGUUGUUGAAAGAGUGUGUAAAUCUUUGCAUUCCACGGUUCAUGAUGAUCCGCUUUUGUGGAGGAGUAUCCACGUGGAUCAGCCUUUGAAUGAGAGGAUAACUGAUGAUGUUCUUUUUCGAUUGGCUAACAGGGCUCAAGGUAAUCUUCAGUCCUUGAGCCUUGUUGAAUGUACCAGAAUAACUGAUGAAGGUUUGAGGCGGGUUCUUGAAAGCAAUCCCAAAUUGACCAAGUUGAGUGUUCCUGGGUGUACAAGACUCAGUAUUGAGGGCAUUGUGGGUAUGUUAAAAGCCUACAACUCUGGAGGUACCCAAGGGGUGAAGCAGUUACACAUAGGUGGUCUCUAUGGUGUCACGCAGAAGCAUUUUGAAGAGUUGAGGUUCUUGUUGGAUGCUGAUAGCCAGCAGCAGAUGCAGCAAUCUCACAAACCACAUUUCUAUCGCAGGGGAAAUUUGUAUCUGUCCUUUUAUGAUGACCGAGCUAUGGAUAUUGAAGUUUGUCCACGAUGCCAGAAUUUGAGGCUUGUAUACGAUUGUCCGGCUGAGAGUUGUCAAGGGAUGGGACACACCACUCAGAUGUGCAGGGCAUGCACUCUAUGCAUACCCCGGUGUAGUCAGUGUGGCCACUGUAUCAAUGACAGUGAAUAUGAGGAAACAUUCUGCCUGGAGUUGCUUUGCUCUUCUUGUUCUAAGCAGCAAGUCAAAUGUUCAGAAGGAAAGACUGGACCAGCUAAGUCAGUUUUUAUUCAUGAACAAAGCUAG